UAAACAAAACAAAGGUUACCUAUCUACGCUGGAUUCCCGGGAGCAGUGACCUAUUUAUAGCCGCGCACGCAGACGGAAUGAUGUACAAAUACCACAAGGAACGGUUAGACCCCACAACAGCCAUGAAUUGGAAAGAAGCGGGGCGCAACGUCUUUAACGGAUUUGCUGUCAUGCACCCCCGGAAAAUAUCUAAUCCAAUCACUCGAUGGAGGGUUGGCAAGGGAUCAAUUAAUGCGUUUCAGUUUUCGCCAGACCAGCAAAGUGUGGCCAUUGUGAGCCAGGACGGCUGUCUGCGUAUAGUCGAUGUGAAGGCUGACAGAUUAAUCGUCACGCUGCAGAGCUAUUUCGGUGCGUUGCUGUGUGUGAGUUGGAGUCCGGACGGCAAGUAUAUAGUGACAGGCGGCGAGGAUGAUCUUGUCUCCAUCUGGUCAGUUGAGAACAAAGGUCUGGUCGCACGUGGAGAGGGCCAUUCAUCGUGGGUGGUCGCGGUGGCGUUUGACCCGUGGGUAUGCGAUGAGAAAAACCGGGUUUAUCGCAUCGGCUCAGUGGGCUUGGACCUACGGCUGCUGCUGUGGGACUUCAGCCUCCCGGGGCUCAGGAUACCUCGGAAGGUAGUGGUGUGUGGGUGCGACAUAUUGUGCAUAGUGCUAUGA